GAACUUUCCGACAUAAACAGCAGAGGCAGCAUUUCCGGUGAAAAGUGGCAGCAGCACUUUCAAGUUUUGAAGUUGACAUUAUAAGUGAUGAUGGCACGUAAAAACACACUGAAAACAGAUAAUCCAGGUUCUAUACACUUUGACCCCAGAACUAAGUCUGUGAUGGCAGAAACCUCUCAUCUACAAGAUAAUAUAAAAGAGAAGGUGAAUGCAGUCCGUGAAGUUGUACCUGGGAAAAGUAAUAACGAGAUAAUCUUAGUUUUACAGUUUUAUGAUUAUAAUGUAGAGAAGGCUAUACAGGGCUAUGUUGAAGAUGGAGCCAAGCAAGCUUUACAAGAAUGGCAUUAUCCAGGGAACAAGGCCCCGAAAAAGAAACGAAAUAAAAAGAAAAAACCUGCAAAUGACAGCUCUCCUCAUGUGAAUGGAGACGUGUCUUCAGCAGAAAUUGUUCCAAAUGGAAUUGUUGCAAAUGGUUCCAUAGAAUCAGACACCGAGCCAGUAAAGACGAACUCCAUCAGUGAUAUUGAUAGCUCAGUCAGCAGUCUGUCACUCUCACCAACCACGUGUACAGUCCCCAGUCUAACAGAAUGUGAUAAACCCAAUCAUGUGACGCCUAGCGACACAUCACAGGAGUCCAUAACGACUCAGAAACAUGCAAAACUCAAUCAUGUAUCGCCUGUCGCCACAUCGCACAAUUCUGUGUCGUCUCAGAAACAUGCAAAAGUCAACAAUGCAUCUCCUACCAACACAUCGCAGAAUACAGUAUCAAACCAGAAACAUGCUAAAUUCAAUCAUGCAUCACCAGCGAAAAAUUCACAGAAUUCAAAUACCACUUCACGCCAUGCAGAUAAUUCAUCCACGAGGACUGCCGAUAAACCAGCAUCAGUAUCUGUUCGUUCUGAUCAGCAUCCAUCAUCGUCAGGACCUAGUCGCAAAAAAUCCCAGUCGCCCAUAGCAACAGGAACAUCAACUCCACGAAAUAAAUCACAAUCACCACUGACCGGUGGUAAACCAGUACAACCAUCCAAUACAAAAUCAACACAAUCAUCAUCGACCAAAAGUCAGUCUGUUGUUAGCACACUGCCAGAAAACAUUUCAUCACAACCCCCAGCCCCUCAGCGACAAACACACCCACAUUCUAGAGCACAUCAUUCAGCUUCACAUUCACUUAGACAAAGAACAGCAAGUGAAAAAAGUUCAGAUAGGCAGAGAACAGCGAGUGAAAGAAGUUCAGAUGGUCACUCACUGCCAAAACAGAUUCACAAAACUUUAGAGAAAUCAGUGAAGGACUUACACAGACAAACAGUAUCGUUAGAAAGAUACCGUUUGAUACUGGACGAAGAGGUUGAUAAAAACUACAAACGAAUUAAAUCUGUCUUUGAUGAAAUGAGGAGCUGUUUAAAUGACAGAGAGGUUGAACUUAUCCAACAAAUGGAUCAAGUCAAGGUUGUAGCAAGUGAUGCCUUCCAUAUGAGACAGACUAGUGCUGUUGAUCUUAAAAAGAACAUAGAUAGGGCUGACAGAAUGGAUGAUAAACAGAUAGCUCAACUAAGAGCUGAUGUUAAGCAUUUUGUCAGUGAAAGAAAAAUGGAUGAAGAUUUAAGUCGGACAACAAGAUUUUUGUAUGAUUCUGAUUAUCUUAAAAAAGAAAUAUCACAGUUUGGUGAAGUUGUUCCAGUAAAAUGUACAUAUUCUAUUCGCCGUCCAUCUGUCUCUUCUGUGGCCAGUACUGAGGAACCAGUAGCAGUGGAAACCAGUCACACAACACCUGUCUCUCAUUCAGAAAGUGAGGACCCACAUCCACACAGACUGGAUCGUAAAGCAACAGAAGAAGUAGCAGAACUACAUCAACGACUUAAGAAUUCUCUUCAUGUUCAGGGCUAUGACAAGUCAUCACCAAGACCUAGUAGCAGUCAGGAUAGCAGAGAAAAUCCACAGAACCAACGAAGACAAGACCAAAGACAAUAUGGUGGACCAAGACCACAGUCAGGGCAGAGAGGUCGAGGUGGCUAUGGUUACAGAGGUAGAGGUCGAGGGGGAGAAGGAGGCUACAGAGGUAGAGGUCGAGGAGGAGGAGGAGAAGGUCGUCCUAGAAGUCCAAGGAAAGACUACACACAAGAAGGAAGGGGAACUAACUCUAGUGUCAAUUCUAGUCUUUAACUUUUUUCAGCAACAGUAUUAAACUGCUGAUUACAGAAACAAUGUUUAUUGAAAUGAAAAGUUUAUAGAUUCUUGUUAAAAUGUGAUAAAAAAAAUUGUAAAAAAAUAUAUAUAUUGCACACCUUGUAGUCAAAAUACAGUUAUUUAUUCAUUCUAUUUUUAGAAAUUUAUCGUAGAAAGUUGCAGGGUGAAAUUUUUUGUUUUUGUUAUAACUAUUUUUCUGAGUAACAACGAAAUUCCUGACAAUAACAGGAUGAUGUUUAAUGUAAUGAACUGUGGGUUUUUGUUUAGUUGUAGAACCUUAUGAAAAGAUAAAAAUCACAGGAAAUAUUUUUGUUGCUUAGUAUACUGUGAUCAUUCAUUAGUUUUGUUGUUAUAUUUUCAUUGUUAGUAACUCACAAAUGUUUUUGGUGUCACUCAUGUUUGAAUACAAGGUUUUUUUUAUUCUUCUGCGUGUCAUAGACCUUUUAAUGUUCAAUUUAGAGGCACAAUUAAAUAUCUUAAAAAAUAAAAUUUAUGACAGGCUUUUCUUUAAUUUGAAGUUUGAAAAUAAGGUUAUUAAGAAAAAUUGCUAGAGGUUAAUUAUGAACUAGUGCUAGAAGCUCAAAAUUUGAACUAGUGCUAGGAGGUUACAUGUGAAUUAGUGCUAAAAGGUUAAAUCUGAAAAAAGUGAUAGGAAGUUAUGUUUGAACUAGUGCUGGGAGAUUAAAUUUGAAAUAGUGCUAGGACUUUUAAUUUGAACUAGUGCUAGGAGGUUUAAUUUUAACUAGUGCUAGGAGGUUAAAUUUGAACUAGUGCUAGGAGGUUAAAUUUGAAGUAGUGCUUGGAGGUUAUAUCCUGAACAAGUGCUAGGAAGUUAAAUUCAAUUCAUUUCCUCCUUCAAAAUAUUAACUGGCUUAUUAACAAAUUGUCCUUUUAAAAAUUAAAUUUUUGAGUUACUGCAGUAAAUCACUGAUUUCAAAGUUUAUUGAUGAAGUCAACAUUACAUUACCUGAUUGUUAUUGACAUCAUACAUUUACAUGUAUAUUUUAUAUCCACUUCACAUUCUUGUCAUUGAAGUCCUCAAUAUUCUCCUGUCCUCAAGUAGUUAGACUUAGAAUGUUUAAUAAUUUGAUAUGCAGAUUUCCUUCAUGUUUUAUUAUAAUUCACAAAUUUACUGGUAGAAACCCUUUACUCAUUUCCUGGAAAUAAGAGACAUUAAAGUUGAUGCAAAUUUUAUGUUAAAAAAAGAAAAACAGAAAAAUACCUGUUCAUUGCAGCUGAAUUCAGUGUGUGCGAAGCACUAUUCUGAAAUAACAUUCAUUAAUAAUAUUUAAUUCCAAAAAAUUUGAAAGUUGAGGAUGUAUGACUACGAAUAUAUGAGAAGCCUAAAGUGAAUAGCCGAUUAACAUAAGGUCAAAUUUGCCCUAGGGAGAUGAAAAAUUAGUUUAUUAAAAAUUUAUCAACAGAAAAUUUAAGAAAUUUUU